AUGGUGCAUAUACAUGAAUUGACAGUGAAACCAAAAGAAAAAAUACGGUUUCUCUUUCCACCUCUCUCUCUUUCCAUCUCUCACUUUCCACCUUUCACUCUUUCCACCUCUCUUUCUUUCCAUCUUUCUCUUUCCACCUCUCUCUUUUUCUAUCGCUCUCUCUUCCCACCUCUCUCUUUCCACCUCUCAGUCUUUCAACCUCUCUCUUUCCACCUUCCUGUCUGCUGUCGGGCGCAUAACGAUUUAAGUUUCUCUCCACCUCACUUUUUCCACCUCUGUCUUUUCAUCUCUCUCUUUUCACCUCUCUCCCUUUCCACCCCUCCCUUUCCACUUCUCUCUCUUUCCACCACUCUGUCUUCUACCAUUUCUCUUUCAACCACUCUCUUUCCACCUUUCUCUUUCCUCAUCUCUGUUUUCUCCUAUCUCUCUUUCCACAACUCUCUCUUUUCACCUCUCUCUUUCCACCUCUCUCUUUGCACUUCUCUCUCUUUCCACCUCUCUUUUUUCACCUCUCUUACUCUAUCUAUCUAUCUAUCUAUCUAUCUAUCUAUCUAUCUAUCUAUCUAUCUAUCUAUCUAUCUAUCUAUCUCAGUCUGUUUUAUAUCUAUCUAUCUAUCUAUCUAUCUAUCUAUCUAUCUAUCUAUCUAUCUAUCUAUCUAUCUAUCUAUCUAUCUCAGUCUGUUUUAUAUCUAUCUAUCUAUCUAUCUAUCUAUCUAUCUAUCUAUCUAUCUAUCUCAGUCUGUUUUAUAUCUAUCUAUCUAUCUAUCUAUCUAUCUAUCUAUCUAUCUAUCUAUCUAUCUCAGUCUAUUUUCUAUCUAUCUGUUUUUCUAUCUAUCUAUCUAUCUAUCUAUCUAUCUAUCUAUCUAUCUAUCUAUCUAUCUGAACUUUCUUUCUUUCUUUCUUAUGCUAUUUCUUCAUUUCUUUUCUCUGUCUUUCUUUCUUAUUUUGUUUUUUAAUUUCUUGCUCUUUCUUUCUUUCCUUCUUUCUUUCUUUCUUUCUUUCUUUCUUUCUUUAUCAUGGUAUUUCUUAAUUUCUUUUCCCUGUCUUUCUUUCUUUCUUUCUUUCUUUCUUUCUUUCUUUCUUUCUUUCUUUUGCUAUUUCUUCAUUUCUUUUCUCUGUCUUUCUUUCUUUCUUAUUUUGUUUUUUAAUUUCUUUCUUUCUUUCUUUCUUUUUUCUCCCAUUUCCGUCAUCUCGUUGGCCAGAACCCACAUCUGA